AUGGCGAUGAGUACGCGAUUCAUCGUAUUGAUAGCGUUGGCUAUAUCGUAUGUCACAUCAAAACCAGCAACCACUGCGACAAGGCAAACUUCGCAACCCGAUAUUGGUGACGUUUCUAGUCAUAUUGGGCAAUCUUCAGCUAUCCUAUUUUCAGAAUCAAUUCCGAACGAAGUUCGAAAGUUCUAUGGUAGUUUGAACGCUGAAGAGAAGGGUGCUCUACGAGAAUAUGCAAAAGAGUUGAAAGAAGGCCAAACUAAUUUCUCAUUAGCUGACAACGUUAUUGGUGGCAUAAAGAGCGGUAGUGAAGAACUGACGACUAAACUUGGUCUAUUCCGUGAUUUAAUCAACUCAAAACUCGAAGGUCUUUCGCCAGAUGGCAAAGCAUUCGUCGAACAAAUGAUACGAAAAUUGAUAAUAAUGGUUGGUGAAUCUAACGGAAUUAUGGAUAUUCUGAUGGGCAUGAAAAACUUCGGUAGGGAUGUUUUGAAAAUGUUUGAUUCACUCUCUGAAAAGACCCGAGAUGAAUUGCUUCAAGGAUUUCCAACAAUUGGAGCAAUUGCGACCAGUGAUAUCGCCCGUGUGAUAUUGAACAAAUUAGCUGAUUAUUCGCCGGCAAGUGGAGCUGAUGUGACCAUGUCACCGUCGCGUGAUAUUGAUGACAAACCAGUAAAAAAGGUAUCGCAUACGCCAACAACCCCUCCAUCCGAUACACCAAUCCAUUCAUCCAUAUAUCCUUCUGUCCAACCAAACAAGGACCCGCAAGAUAUGGCUGGUGAGGAUGAGGUGGUAAUGCUAAAAGUGGAUACAGAAUCGGGUCAAGCAAUGCGGGUAGCAUUCCAACUGCUGAUUAUAAGCUUAUCAAUAUGCGUGGUGACGCCUGCUAAACCGAUACGAUCAGAUCUCACCUCUCUUGCUAUUGAGUUACUUGAGUUUGUUCCGUCGAGUUUUCUGACAUUCUUCGGCGAUAUGAAUGACACCGACAGAAGUGCACUACUUGAAUUGUCGAAAAAUAUCUCGAAUCAUCGUCUAACGGCUGAUAACGAAAAACAUUUCUUAGAUGAGCUGAAGAUUAAAAGUGAGAAUGCGUAUACAAAAGUGAUGGGAGUACGGAAUUAUGUUCAAUACAAAGUGGAAAAUCUGAAACCAGAUGCAAAAGAGUUUACGAAAAAGUUGGGUGAGAAGUACCUAUCAUUGUUCGUGCAAUUGCAAGGUGCUCAGAAGGGUACGUUCGGGAAAUUGAAAAUCUUCGUGAACGAAACAUUCAAAAUGUUCGACGAGUUGAGUGCCGAGGGGAAAGCGGAUCUACGAAGUGCAUUCACUGAAAUUACGCAACUUCUUGAAAAUCCGCGAUUCCGUAAUUAUCUUCGCCGAGUUUUUGAAUGUAAUGAAGUGAAGAGGGCGUUCAACCGAGCUGAUCGAGCCUAUAAUCCUAAGCGAAUUUCCUAG